UAUAUUUACAUUGUUUGUUGUGAUAGGUUAUAGGUAGAAUGUAAGUAAUGCGUUUAGAUAUCUAAGGUAUGAACAAGCCUUAUGAUUCCGGACAUUAGUAGCAAGUAGUGUUGUUGAUAUUAUUCAUUGCCGAAUAAUUAUAAGGGCGCCUGUAUCUGUAAAGUUACAAUGAGCAGAUAUUCAAGCGACUCAAACUCUAGUCGAGGAGAAGAUCAUUAUCGGAAGAAAAAAAAGUCGAAUAGAACUGGAGGAAGGUCAAGAAGCUGUUCAUACUCCAGCAGUGACAGUAGUUAUUCUAAACGGCACUCACGAAAGCACAAGAGGGGAAAACAUCACCACUCUCAUAGUAGGGAUCAUUAUGGCAAAAGAAUGCUCAAUGACCAGUCACACUCAAAAAGUAGGACCCAUAGCAGGCGAUCCAGAGAGAGAUCAAGGUCACUAUCAAGAGAGAGAUCACAUGACCGUAUAAUAUCCAGAUCUAAAAAGAAGGUUAAAAGGCAUUCUAGGUCCCGAUCUCCAUCCAAGUCCAGACACAGAUAUAGAUCUUACUCGAGGUCACUAUCGAAAGACAAAUCAAGAUCACGUUCACGUUCCGUACAGAGAUCUCUGUCACAGAGUUCGAGAGACUCCCAGCUGUAUACUAAAAUUAAGACAGAGAAACAAGAUCAAAAAGAAAACAGUGAAGUUAAUGAAGGACAGAAAGAAAAUGGAAAAAGUUUGAAAGAGCAAAUUACAGAAAGUGCAGAAAAGAUUCUCGGGAUUACUGUUACAGGAAUCACUUCUCUGGGACCAUCACAAAGUGUUUUGGACAAAUUGAAUAGUCCUGGAUUUGAGCAGAGAUCAUUUGUAUCAACAAAAUCUGCUGGGAGAAUACCGGAUAAAGCACUGGAAGUUGAAGUAGAAGCACCUGCUCCGCCACUGUUGACAAAUGAUGAUGAUCCAAAAAGUAUAUUUCACUCAAGAUUAUUUUCAGAUCAGCAACGAAUGGAAAAAUGGAUUAAGAAGUUGUUCCACCUCCGCCAAAAAGCUGUAAAUGGUGAACCUAUUAUUUAAUUACUGUUAAUUACUGUUAUAUGAUUUUUAUUUUCUGAAAUUGGAAACUACAAUUUUAUAUUGUAAAGUAACAUGGAUGUUAUUCUAAAAGUAUAUAAACAACAAGAGUUCAACAUGUAAACUAUUAUCUGCAAAUAAAAUACAUUUAAACUCUU